AUGUCGACAAUACACCUGGGUCUUUUCCUGGUGCUGUGUUUGGGAGUCGACUUUCUGAAAAGUUCAUCUUCGGGAAUUUUGAAGCGGCAAAAAAGAAGGUGGAUCAUCGAAUCCUUUGAAAUCGAUGAAGGUUACAAAGGGACGUUCCCAUACAAGCUGGGAAAAAUCGAAAUUGAAUCGGACUUGAUCUAUUUUGAGAUAAGCGGUCCAGGCAUUGAUGAAGAACCCUUGGACGUGUUGAAGAUCAACGAAAACACAGGCGUGAUUACAGUACACCGCCCCGUUGACUUUGAGCAUUUUCAAGUUUUAAAGGUGGGGUUCCAGGCUCUCGACAGUGAAAGCCACCUCAUAGACACAGAGCUGGGCAUUGAGAUUCAGAUUAUCGACGCCAAUGACAACCCUCCCAUGUUUGACCGCGACCGGUACGAGAUCAGCACAAAGGAGGCCACGUCACAAGGCACAGAACUGGUCACCCUCACGGUAACUGACAAGGACAAAAGUGAGGCGUAUCGGUCAUUUGAUUUAAAAAUAGUCUCAGUCCAUCCUGAACCAUCUGAUCUGGAGUUUUACAUAAUCAGGAGGCGUCAAAAUGGAAUAAUUUCAUUUAAAGGGUGUCUGGACCAUGAGAAAGCGGAGAAAUACACCAUUAUAGUUGAGGCCAGAGGGCAAGGAGAGGGACCGCAGCUCUCCAGCUCUUCCACCGUCGUAAUCCAUGUAGAAGAUGGAAAUAACCAUCUCCCUGUGAUGACUGGACAAACAGGUCUAGAUAGGGUGAGAGAAGGAGAAGAAAAUGUUCUCAUUAAACGUCUGCAAGUUAGAGACUCCGACACCCAAGGCACGCAGGCCUGGAGAGCCAAGUACCGGAUUCAAGGAGACGCAAACAACCACUUCAGAAUCUCUACCGAUCCCGAAACAAACGAAGGGCUUCUGUUUGUGGAAAAGCCCCUGGACUACGAAGACGGUGGUGUGAAGAACUUGACCAUCAGCGUGGAGAACGAGAUCCCCUAUGCCACGUGCAAGGUGGUCGGGCGCAGCACCACCGGCCUCUGGAGGGUGACCACAGGGGACCUCGCGCCGGAGACCCUCGGCGCGUCCGUGGGCCUCGUGACAGUGAUCGUGGAGGACGUCAACGAGCCGCCAGCUUUCAAACCGCCUCAAAAAGAAGUGGCGUUGGUCGAGAACGCCGAAGCCGGGAAGCACCUGGAGACCUUCACAGCCGUUGACCCUGACGUCGCCAGUGGCAGCACAAUUGUUUACAAAAAGGGAAACGACCCGGCUGAUUGGGUCAAAGUGGACCCCGAGACUGGGAAAAUCACCACUACCAAGGUCAUUGACCGCGAGUCGGCCUUUGUGAAAGACAGUGUGUACACUGUCACACUGUAUGCUAUCGACAAUGGUCAGCCUCCAAUGACGGGCACCGCGACCCUGAUCAUCCAAGUUGUGGACGAAAACGACAACGCCCCGUCCUUGGCUGUGAGCGCCAUCGACAUGUGCCAGUCGGACGGACGCUCACGGGCCAACAUCACAGGUUUGGACCCGGACGCAACGCCCUACGGUGGACCGUUCACCUUCCAGCUGAAGGGGACAGAGGCGGCCGGGUGGAAGCUCGACGCCACGCAAGGGUACUCGGUCAACCUGGUGAAGGAGCCCACGGUUCCUUCGGGAGAAUACGAGUUGCUGCUGGACGUGUUCGACCUUCAGGGUAUGAAGGCUUCACACAACGUGUCGGUUACCGUGUGCACCUGCGAGGACGCAACGAGCCCCAACUGUCACCAGCGCCCAGCCGCCACCGUUUCAGUUGGAGUGGGGGCCCUUGCGGUGGUCUUUUUCGGAAUAGUGCUGCUUGCAGGUGUGCUGCUUUUGGCUUUGCUGGUGUCAUGUGAGAAAAAGAUCUUUCUAUUCCCGGAUUACAGAGCAGAACAAAAUCUGAUGCAGAGUAACAGUGAGAAACCGGGGUCCGACUGCACGGUUGCAUGGCCAAAUUUUGGCAAAAUCCCAGAGAAAGAGCCUCCAAAUGCUGGGAUGUGGGAAGAAAUACACCAAUCCGUCUCUUCAACAAAGCAGCAUUACGAUUGGGGAAGCAGAGCAUCAUCAUUCAUGAACAGCCGGCACAGAAACCCAGAUAUCCGUUGGAAUUACCAGACUUGGGGCGGAGGCAAAGGAUAUUCUGCAGAUCAGGAUUUUGUUGGGAUCAACAACAUAGUGCUGAGUGGAAAACUAAAGCAGAGGCUCUCCGCCCUCCAGGAACCAGGAGAGGAGCUGGGUGAUUACGCUCCUUGCGUCUACGCCGAGGAGGGAAGCAACGCAGGCACCCACUCCCAGCUCGACGCCAUCUCCAUCUGUGACACUUCACCCGGGCCGGACUUGGACGUGGACCUGGACUCCAAGUUCAAUGACCUGGCCUCAAUCUGCUUGAAGAGAUGCAACCUCCUUCCCAACCACGCGUGACUGA